UUCAAUAUUUAUGAUAGUUAAUUUCAGAUUUGUUCUCAUAUAAUGUUGUAAACUGUUUCCACCAAAGAUACAAAAUCAAAAUGGCCUCCAGUUCUGUUUCGCAAGAUGAUUUUGAAAAGAAUGAUUUUGAGAAGCUGGAACGCAGAUCAAGAAUUAGAACGGCCCGAGCUCGUCAAAUUAACCCGCAGAGUUGUCGACUUGAAAGUAAUCAAGAACGUUUCAAUCCUCUUGGAAUAGAUAUUGAGGAUAAUCUCGAUCAGUUGCAUAUAGACACAGCUUCAGUAUCUCCUUUCAGCGUUCUAGAUGGAGACACAAGUCCUAAACCCGGGCCCAGGAAUCAAGCUAAACUUUCCUCGGAGAAACGACCAGCCAAACUCAACCAUCAUGGGAAUAAGGGUAAACAGCAGAGAGACCGAAGAAAGCUGAGAGAGAAACGAAGAUCUACAGGAGUCGUGCACUUAGCGAGUACAGAGAGUACAGGAGGAAGUACCACUGGAGAUGAUGAGGAGUGUGUUGAAGGAGCUGGAGGAGCUGCUGCUGUUGGAGGAGUCUGUGUGGAAACAAAGAGAAACACUCAACACAAUGAAUCUAUUCAGGAUGUACAACCUUCCUCCGUUCCUGUUGAAAUACCGGAAAGAAAAAAUUCAGGGCACAAGCAUCAAUCUCCUCUGUAUAAUCGGCUUCGACUCAGGGGCGACAAGUCGACACGUAGCGAGGAUAUGGAAGCAGACGAUGAACAGGGAGAUAAAACGGACAACGACCAUGAUAGCAUCAAUCUUUCUGAAUCUAACACUACUACACCAUUGCCAGGUGGACUGUUGGUUGAGACUAGUUCCUGCUUGACGAGCCCCCUGGUUCGUCCCACCACCCCUUCCAUCCCAUCCAGUACAUCCACACCCGUACUCAGACCAACCACACCCACUCACAUAGACUCCAUCACUGUCUCACCCGAGGACAGGGAGAGAUGUUUUGAGGAGAACAAGACCCUGCUGGCGAUCAUGGAGGAGAAGGAUCGCAGGAUUCAGAGUGACCUCUCAGGAUACGCAAAGUAUUAUAGAGGAACACUGCAGACUCAAGGAGGAGAAUUCUAUUCUCAUCAAAACAAUCGGGAACUUGAACAAGUAAACCCUGGAACUUGA